UUGCAUCCGCACUUUUUGUCGUUGCGGUUUCGGGAUCUUGUCGAGUGUGUCUCGACCACUUGCCUUACAAGAUGGCGAUCCAAAAGAAGCAUGGUAAAGGUCGUUUGGAUAAGUGGUACCGCCUUGCGAAGGAGAAGGGAUACCGCGCCAGAGCUGCUUUCAAGCUUAUCCAGCUGAACAAGAAGUAUGGUUUUCUGGAGAAGAGCAAAGUCGUCCUGGAUCUUUGCGCGGCACCCGGUUCGUGGUGUCAAGUGGCUGCAGAAUGCAUGCCUGCGCAGAGUAUCAUCAUCGGUGUCGAUCUUGCACCUAUCAAACCGAUCCCCCGAGUCAUCACCUUCCAGAGCGAUAUCACGACUGAGAAAUGUCGCACAACGAUUAGACAACACUUGAAGCACUGGAAAGCGGAUACCGUCCUCCAUGAUGGAGCCCCUAACGUCGGUGCCGCAUGGGUUCAGGAUGCGUUCACUCAGGCAGAACUGGUCUUACAAUCUAUGAAGUUGGCUACGGAAUUCCUUGUGGAAGGCGGUACCUUUGUCACCAAGGUCUUCAGAUCCAAGGACUACAACCCCCUGCUGUGGGUUUUCAAGCAACUGUUCCAGUCGGUGGAGGCAACAAAACCCCCGUCUUCUCGAAACGUCUCUGCCGAAAUCUUCGUUGUCUGCCGUGGAUUCAAGGCACCGAAGCACCUGGACCCGAAGUUCCUCGACCCGAAGCAUGUGUUCGCCGAACUUGCGGCCCCGACUCCUAACAACGAGGCCAAGGUGUUCAAUCCGGAGAAGAAAAAGCGCAAGAGAGAGGGUUACGAAGAGGGAGAUUAUACACAGUUCAAGGAGAUUCCAGUAACUGAGUUUAUUAACACCACCGAUCCGAUUGCCAUCCUCGGUACAUACAAUAAACUCAGCUUCCAGCAAUCACCGACGGGAGACCUUGCUCUGGCCACCCUAGAAAGACUUGAAGAGACGACCGACGAGAUCCGAUCAUGCUGUGAGGAUUUGAAGGUUCUAGGUAAAAAGGAGUUCCGGAAUUUACUUAGGUGGCGACUGAAGGUCCGGGAGCAGUUCGGUCUCGUCGUGAAGAAGGGCAGCCAAGCAAAGGACGAUGAGACCGAGGAAGUGGCCGAGAUCGCCCCUAUGGACGAAGAAUUGGCUAUUCAAGAGCAGCUGCUUCGACUUCGUGAAAAGGAAACCACUAAGCAGAAGAAGGAGCGCCGCAAGGAAAAUGAGAAGAAGCGUAAGGAAAUUGUUCGAUUGCAGAUGCACAUGACAACCCCCAUGGAUAUCGGAAAAGAGCAACUGGGACCUAACGGCGAGGAUGCCACGUUUUCACUCAAGCGUGCCGAGAGAGCCGGCGUCAGGGACGCCAUUGCAGCCGGCAAAGAAGCGACGAUUGAGAGCGACAGCGAGGACAGUGAGUCCGAGUCCUACACCGAGGAGAGCGAUGACGAAGAAGAUCGACUGGAGCGGGAGCUGGACAACCUGUACGAGCAAUACACGGACCGCAAGGAGGACAAGGACACGAAACUACGGGCGAAGAAGGCCAGGAAGGGCUACGAGGCUGACGAGUGGGACGGGUUCUCUGAUACUGACAAGGAAGGAAGUGAUGAGGAAUCCGAUGAGGAGGGUGUUAGCUCUGCUUUUGGAGGCGACAAAGCUCAAACCGGCUCUCUUUCCAACAAUGCGUCGCUAUUCUUUGACCAGGAUAUCUUCCAGGGCUUGGAAGAUAUUGACGAUGUGGAGGAUGAGGAGGAUGAGGAUAGCGCCAUUGAAGUCAAGGAGGAUCGGCCCAAGAGCAAGAAAUCUGAAAAGCAGACCGCCAAGGAUUCGAAGAAGGCUGCGCAGAUGGCAGAAGACUCGGAUGAUGAGCCCGUCGAGUUCGAAGAGCCACGGAAGAAGAAUGGCCAACUCGACAUUGAUAUCAUCACUGCCGAGGCUAUGGCUCUCGCUCAGCAGAUGGCUACCGGCGAGAAGAAGUCUUCUGAUGUGGUUGAUGAUGGUUUCAACCGCUACGCUUUCCGCGAUGUUGAUGGUCUCCCCGAGUGGUUCCUCGACGAUGAGACGAGACACAGUGCCCCGAACCGGCCUAUCACCAAGGCGGCUGCGGCUGCGAUCCAAGAGAAGAUGCGCGCCAUCAACGCCCGCCCGAUCAAGAAGGUGAUGGAGGCCAAGGGCCGUAAGAAGAUGAAGGCUGCGCAGAGACUCGAGAAGUUGCGCAAGAAGUCGGCGCUGUUGGCGGACGACGAAGCGCUCAGCGAACGCGACAAGUCGCAGGCCAUUGCGCGGUUGAUGAGUCGGGCCACCAAGAAGAAGCCCAAGCAACAGGUGAAGCUGGUGGUUGCCAAGGGAAACAACAGGGGUAUUUCUGGACGUCCCAAGGGUGUGAAGGGCAAGUACAAGAUUGUGGAUUCUCGUAUGAAGAAGGAUAUCCGGGCCCAGAAGCGUCUGGCCAAGAAGAAGAAGCAGUAGUGGAGGAGCGGAGUUGUGGAACUCGAAGCGAUUGCAUUCAUCAUCGUCCAUGUAAAUACCCGGUUACCAUAGAUAGCUGUCUGUAUAAUGCCCAUGCUAUAGGGUACGUAUCUGUUGCAUAGU